AUGAUUUUCAUCCUUGGUCUGCUUGCGACGCAACUUAGCUUUUUGAUCCUGAGGCUGGGCAAGCCAUCGUUAAAGACGGGUGCAUCACUUGCCGCCGAUCUUCUAUUGACUUUGUCAUCAGUCGCUGUGGGAGUGGUAUCCUAUACCACACAUAGGCGGUCAUUGCGGCCGUCUACGCUGCUUUGUCUUUAUCUAUCAGCGCUACUGUUAUUGAGCGUACCUCGAGUGCGAACCUUUUGCUUGUUCGAUGAUGGAUUUUUAAAAGAAAGAGCCUUGAUUAUUUCCUCCACAGUUUUAGUUGCUCUUCUCUUCCUCGCAGAACUAACCGAGAGACAUGGACCUCUGAGCAUCCGAGUCAAAGAGACGCAGGCACAUGAAGAGUUCAGCUCGUUUUGGAACCGAGCUGCGUUUUUCUGGCUGUCGGCUACUUUCUUGAAAGGCUACUCGAGGAUCCUUGGAACGGAAGAUCUGCCAGCGCUUGACAGCACAUUGGGAUCGAGCAAAGUACGAGAAAAACUACUAUUAUCCUGGGAGAAAUAUGACAAGUCGGCUAGACAUAGUCUCCUACGGGCUAGUUUUAGAGCCUUUUGGCCAUCUAUGAUGCUUGCCGUGGUGCCGCGUAUCUGCCUUACCGUCUUUAAUUUCACCCAGCCCUCGCUGUUAGAAGUAACUGUCAAGUAUAUCGGUCAAGCUGAACCAGACGCAUCACAUGGUAAAGGCUUGAUAGGAGCAUGGGCACUUGUAUUCUUGGGCUUGGCUGUUACCAACUCCAUCUAUCAAUACCAAAUGUCACGGUUCAUAGCUCGUUUUAGAGGCUCCUUGAUCGGUAUCAUCUAUCAGCAGACCUUGCAGGCUAGACCGGCCGAUCUAGGUGAAAUCACGGCUAUCUCUUUAGUUGGAGCGGAUGUAGAGCGGAUUGCUAUGGCGAUGAGCUUUGUUCACGAAAUCUGGGGCUGCAUCCUUGAUCUUUCAGUUGCAAUUUGGCUGCUGGAGAGACAACUAUCCGUCGCCUGUGUUGCACCCGCUCUCGUGGUCAUUAUUAUUAUCGCUAUGACAGGCCCUCUCGGUCCUAUGAUGAAGACAGCACAGCUACAGUGGAUCCAAAAGGUACAAGAGCGACUGCGUGUGACAACGGCAAUGUUGGAAAACAUGAAAACAGUCAAGAUGCUUGGCCUGUCUGACGUCAUGUCUUCCAUCAUUGACAAAGCACGAAAUAACGAGAUUGCCUCGUCCACAGCCUUCCGCAAGACCCUUGUGUUGCAGCUCAUUGCUUCCAACGCGCCAAUUAACAUUGCCCCCGUUGUGACAUUUGCGGUGUAUGUCAUCAUCGCCAUCUUCUGGAAGAACGAAUCCCUUCUUGCAGCACAGGGUUUCACCGCCAUCACCCUCAUCAAUCUCUUGACAACGCCGACGCUACUGUUCAUUCAAGCAUUUCCAACGCUCAUACGUUCCAUCGCAUGCUUCGAUCGUAUACAAGAAUACUGCACCUACACUGAUAUGUCUGCUCAUGGUGACUUAGAAACUCCCGAUGGUUCUUCUAGGGAUCUCAGUAAGUCAGAGAAGCGAUUUCCUGUCAGUGUAACCGCACAGUCGAUAGCUUGGGCGAGUUCGAAACCUGGGGUUUUAUAUGAUAUUGAUGUCGACAUUACGGAGGGGACCCUGACAGUUAUCACCGGCCCAGUCGGGAGUGGCAAAUCGACCUUGCUUAACAGCAUGCUGGGUGAGACCGUUGUUGUUUUGCCCACAUUGUCAUCUGCCGACCAGCAGGCCAAUCCUUCAGCAUACUGUGCCCAGGAACCAUGGCUUGGUACAGGAACAAUCCGCAGCAAUAUCAUUGGUGUGUCUCCAUAUGAACCACAAUGGUAUUCAACCGUGAAGAAUGCGUGUGGCCUCGAUCCAGAUGUUCAAGAGAUGAGAAAGGGUGAUCAGAGCCCUGUCGCCAGCAGAGGCACAAACCUCAGUGGAGGUCAGCGACAACGUCUGGCACUCGCCAGAGCUGUCUACUCGCGCCGGCCUAUUGUGAUAAUGGAUGAUGUCUUUAGUGACAUGGAUGCGCAUACAUCAGAAUUCGUUUUUCGACAACUGCUGGGAAAGCGAGGAUUGCUGAGAAGGUCAGGAAUGACAGUCAUUCUGGCGACCCACAACGAAGCUCUCAUGGUAUUGGCCGAUACUCUCAUCAUUCUGAAAGGUGAGAGGAUUGAUGCAAUUGGGAGCCCCGAGGCACUACGGUCGGAGGGAUACCUUGUUCAACACGAACAGGAACAUUCACAGGACGGCAACGACACAGAACAUGGCCAAGUCGAGACCUUACUAAAUCAGGAGACUGCUCCUCCAGACCAAGACGUGGAAUCCUCUUGUGAAAGUGAGGGUGAGGCCAAAGAGGAUGAUCCGCGGAGGAAACAAGGUGAUAUCUCAGUUUACAAGUAUUACCUCUCAAGCAGCGGGUACUUCACAACCCUCAUGUUUAUCGCCUUCACUAUGGCAUCGGUAUUCUGUACAGAAUUCCCCACAAUUUGGCUGAAAUGGUGGGCCGAGGCUAAUGCCAGACAGCCGAACCAAAGCGUAGGCAUGCAUAUGGGAGUCUUUGCUGCUGUGGGAACUCUGGGAGUUCUAGUCACGGGCCUUGCCUGCUGGUUUGCCUUUAUUCGUAUUAUCUCCAACUCCGCCUUGCACCUUCACUCUGCCCUUCUUAGGACCACAAUCAAUGCCCCUUUCCGGUACUUUGUUGCAGUCGAUACUGGGAGCUUGAUCAAUCGUUUCAGCCAGGACUUGGAGCUGAUCGACAUGAAUCUCCCCAUGGUGAUGAUCAACUUUGUGCUCGCGCUAUUCUCGAGUGUUGCCAAGCUCAUCAUCCUGGCAGUCUUUUCCCGCUACCUCUCCGCCGCAGUCCCCAUUUUUGUUCUGGUACUCUAUCUCCUCCAAAGGUUCUAUCUCCAAACAUCCCGUCAAGUUCGUCUUUUGGAUAUCGAGGCCAAGGCGCCUCUGUACAAUCACAUUCUCGAAACCGUAGCAGGAGCAUCGACGAUCCGUGCGUUUGGGUGGCAGCUGGAGUACGCCGAACGCAAUUCCCGGUAUACUGAUACAUCACAACGUGUAUCAUACAUGCAAGAAAGUGUUCAGAACUGGCUGUCCUUUGUUUUAGAUAUUAUUGUGGCAAUUUUGGCCAUCGCACUUGUUGGCAUGGUUGUGACGUGGCCGCAACUAUUUGAUGCUGGCAGCGUUGGUGUCAGCUUGGUCAUGCUAAUUUCCUUUAGCAACCUCUUGACACGUCUUCUCAAGGCAUGGACGUCAAUGGAGUCGAGUAUCGGGGCAGUAUCCCGUGUGAAAAGAUUUGUGGCAGACACUGAAUCGGAGAAGGAUCCGGGAAUAGGCAGUGCCGCAGUACUUCCAGAGGGGUGGCCCUUAAAUGGAAAGGUGUCACUGGAAGACGUGUUUGCUUCACACAGGCCCAAUGCUGAGCCAGUCUUGAAAGGGAUUUCUCUUUCCAUUACCGCGGGCGAACAUAUCGCGAUUUGCGGACGAACCGGCAGUGGAAAGAGCUCACUUAUCUUGAGUUUUCUGCGAAUGCUCGACGUAAAUGGGGGUCGUAUUUUAAUCGACGACUUCGACGUGUCUCAGGCUAGCAUUGGGGAUCUUCGUAGGCGUAUAAAUGUUGUCCCGCAAGAUCCAUUCUUUAUUCCAGGGACCAUUCACCUGAACCUUGAUCCAUUUAGAGUAGCGUCCGAUGAUGAGAUCGAGGUAGUGCUGCGUAAGGUCGGUCUCUGGGAAACCAUUCAAGCUUUGGGUGGACUGGCGCAAGAGCUAGACACGGCUGCGUGGUCUGCCGGUCAAAAGCAACUGCUAUGCCUAGCUCGAGCAAUGUUACGAAAGAGCAAGAUCCUAAUCCUGGAUGAGGCUAUGAGCAAUGUCGAUACCACGACGGAGUCUAUGAUGCAGAAUAUCAUCGACACUGACUUCCAGAAGUGUACCGUUAUCUCUGUUAUGCAUCGCCUGGUACAUGUCACAAAUCAGACUCAUUGGGCUUUUAUCUGGGUUCUAGUAAAUACCAUGUUGACCAAGUUGCCAGUUAUUACGUUGUGUGAUCUGCAGACGGAAUAUGAUGUCUCGACGAUCUGCGAUCUUGGAAGUGCUGAUAAGGUCACAGGAGGAUGGGUAGUUAAUGUUUCAGAGCAAUGA